GUCCCUUUUCUCGACCAGAUUUCGCCCUGGAAAAUCUAGCACAUCCAUAAAAGGCGCCAAAAAUUUAAAAUCAUAAAAAGAAAAUGUCAAAAAAGCCGAACAAAAUUCUUAAGGUUACCGAAAGAUUGCAGUUGCACUUCCCCUGAAGGAAGACCAUUCUGUAAGGAUUUUCGUAGUGGAAAUAGGACUCGGAGUCGCAGUCGCCGAUGGCUGAUCGUCUGCUAGGUGUCCAUCAGGGCCUGGCUGAAGACUUUUGCAUGGCUGAUACUCAUUUUGCGUACUUUUCUAUAUCCUCCCGCUCUCACGACACGGACACUGAAUCACAAAUAAACACCAUCACGGAUGUGGAUCCAUCUACAGUUGGUUGGCAGUGCGCUGCAACCACAGCGAAAGACACCAAGACGGCCGUGAACGGGAACAGGAACAGCAACGAGCCCGGGACGAGGAUCCAACUCGGAGGGCAUCGGAGUCCAAGGGCCGUGCGGCAGGAAAAUGCGGAUAUGUGCUACCAACUGCCGCACUUAAUCUCCCUGCUCCUCAUCCUUGCGCUCAACGUGCUGCUCGCGGCACCCGCCCACACCAUGGCCAUGCGGACCGCCAGCGGCGGCCUCACGGUGCUCGAUGCCAAUCGCCUCCGCACCACCAGCACCACCACCACCUCCAGCAGCAGCAUGGCCAGUCCCAGUCCCAGCCCCAGCCCCACCCUCAGCAGCAACCUCAGUGCCAGCACUGGCUCCGUAGGCACGGGCUCAUCCGGCUAUUCCUCGCAGCCGCGCAAGCGGCACAGGAAGAGGAAUAGCAAUUGGAUUGACUACCGCAACUUCAACGAGAGCACCACAGCCCUGGAGUGGGUGAACCCCUGCGGGGGCUCCUACCAUCCAUCGGUUGGGGAUCGCUUCAACCGCCUACGACCUAGGCAGAGCUUCAAUCAGCUGAAGCGCCACGCCUUCCGGGAGUACCGCGGACUCAACAGCAGCCAGGACUCGGUGAUCGACAUACGGAAUAUGACCAUGUGGUCGCUGCAUACGCAAAACUACAAGUUCCUGCCCAAGCUCAAGCCCAACUCUACGAUUGCCUUGAAGCGCUGGUACCGCAACAUGCAAACGUACGUGGCCAGCUUUGCCUUUUUGCGGCGACUCCAGAUACGCUGGGACCAGCGCUUUAUCACCCGCGAGUCGACCACAGCACGGGAACUGAGGGAGCUGCUGCUCAGCUCUCGGCGCAUUCUCUGCGAGCUGGAGACGGCCGUGAAUCAGACCAGUCCCCGCCGCAAGCAUCGGCGCAGUGGCCCCGGAUCCCCCAACGGGAUCUCCGGCGGCAUGGGCGUGCAGCUGCCACAAAUCUCGCGGAACGAGAUGAACAAGCGACUCAAAUUGCGCAGCAAGGGCACUGGCGGUCCGGCUACCAUUUCAGAAGCCAUCACCGGCUCCAUGCGACUGUCCAACGAGGCGGACUCCAUUGACAUGCGGUUCGUGAAGCAUCACUACUACGAGUUCGUGCGCACCAUGUGGCAGCUGCUCCGGCGCGACGGCAAGCGGGCGAAGAAACGCUCCCAUCGGCCCCACCAGAAGCCGCAGCAGCAGCACCAGCAGCAGCAGCAGCUGCCUCGUAAGUCGCAGAGGGAGCGCCAGAGCCAAGCCGGUGGACAGCAGCCGGCGAAUCGGAGCUUCAGCCGAUUACGGAGUGAAACCAGUUCCACAUCGAGCUCCAGCUCCAAUAGCAGGGACUUCAAUGAGGUCUCCAAGCCAGCGAUGAAGUCCAAGUCCACCGGUGGGAUCAGCGGCGGCAUUGGAGGGAGACGCGGCAAGCGGCAGUCGGCGGCAGCAGGCAGACAGCAGAGGCAGCGACGCGUGCAGCGCACGUGAAACAUAACCGAAGCAAACCCCGAUACCAAUCCGCCAAUCAAACACUAUUUCAAACUUCCACCACUACAGAAAUCGAUCUAUAGAUGGUAUGUUAUAGUAAAGUAUUUGAAUGUCAUCCCAUGGCACUCUACCUCUCUCUUUCACUGCGAUCGUUCGACCAUUCCGAAAGUAUUCCCACUGCAUUCCAUCAUCGCGAAGUAUCAGAAUUUGUGCUAGAUUUGAGGAACCCUUUGGCAGACCAGUUGGUAGGAGGUUCGUAGUAGAGGAUUCCACAGGAAGCACCCCGCAGUUGGCCGCAGUUGCCGUUCUAGUCACAUAAGAGCAACCGCCAGAUCCCCCAACCACAAAACCAGCAAACCAGCAAACCCCAAAGAUCUCUCCGCACAGAGAUCUUUUUCGGCAUCCUAACUGGAAAGUAUUACGCGUAUUUGUAUCUAUUUAUAAUUGUAUUAUUUGUGGCAUCGUUGUAAGCUCUCAAUUGUGUGUAACCCUAGCUCAUAGGCACAUUACAUUAUCCUAUAUUAUAUGCAUAGAUGAUAGUUUGGUUUAAGCCUAACGUUGCAGCGAAGAGCGGCAUACAUUUAUCGAAUCAUUUUUUUUUUGGUAGCUUAGUUUGUGUGACAUCUGUGAUAUAGUCGUGAGUGUUGACAGUACGCAUUGUGCUUAACUAGUUAUUAUUUACCCCCAUCCCACACCCCUUGGCCUCACAGCUCCUGAUUUAUUUGUAAAUAUAUGCAUA